AUGGGUACAAUAAAGAGGUCAAUUCCUCGUCUAUCCUCCUUGCUCCGCAAGAAUCCCUUUCCAAUGCCUCCUCCGGGGCCACUUUUACCGCGUGACACACUUGUUGACGAAGAGAUCUCCCCAAUCUAUGAUUCCAAAAAUUACUACCCGGCAAAACCUGGAGGUGUACUUGCUGAUCGCUAUCAAAUCCUGAUCAAGGUCGGCUGGGGCGUAUCCUCAACAGUAUGGCUCGCGCGUGACUUGCAGGGAGAUAUCGAGGGCCCAGAAAAUGUUGUGACCUUAAAAAUAACGAAUCAUAAUGCGACUUCUACUGGUCACGAGCGCGAUAUUGAAGAGCAUAUUUCGACGACAGACCCAUCACACCGGGGUCACUCUCUCAUUCGAACAUUACUAGACUCAUUUAAUGUUGAUGGACCAGAGGGCUCGCACUUAUGCCUUGCGUAUCUGCCUAUGAGGGAGCCACUUUCUCUUUACCAGCGGCGUUUCGACAAUCGAAGGAUGCCCCUUCCCCUUAUCAAAACUUACAUCCGUGCUCUUCUUACGGGGCUUGAUUAUCUUCAUAUGGAGUGCAGGACAGUCCAUACUGAUCUGAAGCUUGAAAAUAUCAUGGUUUCGUUUGAAGAUCCAACUGUGCUUUCUGAUUUCAUGAAUUCCCAGCUUGACCAGCCGACACCAUAUAGGAUUGAUGCGACUGGACGGCCAAUAUAUCUGUCCUGCAAUGAUUUCGGACCUUUGAAGGGCUUGAGGAGCAUACCACAGCUGGUUGAUUUCGGCCUGGCAACUAGACUCGAGGAAGAGGACGACUGGGGAGUCUGGCCUAUCCAGCCAGACCACUAUCGGGCCCCGGAGGUAAUAUUAGGUAAUGGGUGGCAGAUGCCUGCAGAUAUUUGGAAUAUUGGUGUUCUGCUAUGGGAUCUCAUCGGCGGAGAAGAACUAUUCCGCCACAUUCAUGAUCAACAAGGCCGCUAUGAUGCAAAAUUACACAUUGCCGAAAUGAUAGCAUUACUUGGCCCACCUCCUCCGGAAAUCAUGGAAAGGUACCAGUCCAUGCGAGAUUUCACAUGGCCAGAACCAAUCAGACCCAAACGAGAAGACGACAAAGUAUGCUCAAGCGCCGGGGAGUACUUUGAUGGGCCACUUUUCGAUGACAAAGGUCGCUUUAUGUAUAAAGAGCUAAUCCCAGACCGGAAGCUAGUCGAUACGGUUCCAUUUCUGGACGAAGAGGACAAAGAAUCUUUCCUGGAUCUUGCCAAAGCAAUGCUUGUUUGGCAUCCAGAUGAGAGAAAACGGGCAGGAGAUCUGGCGGAGCAUCCCUUUUUACAAUUGAAGGGACCGUGA